AUGAGGCGGACUUCAGGCAACCAACAUGUGUACCGUCGGAGGGACACUUGGCAAACCGAGGCUGCUUUUCACCUGAAAGCCGACGUUAAAACCCUGACUGACGCCCAUCCUUCAAGCCGGUUGCCUCAUUCAUUCUUCACCAACUACAACACGGACAACCAGAGCUCCUCCCAGCGCGGCGCCACCGUCGGCACCUUCGCCGGCGCCGUCGCGGUCGCGGGUGCCCACGGUGCCGCCAUGUUCAUCUCAUCGCACGCCGCUACAAGUGCAAGAAGCAGGCCCACCACCGCAACAGCUCCAUGA